AUGAAAAAGUUCAAGGGGCAAUUCCCUGAGAUCCUGAGGAGAGCCUCUGAGCGCAUUGAGGUGGUCUUUGGCCUUGACCUGAAGGAAAUCUACUCCAAGAGUCAAUACUAUGACAUUAGGGCGUACAUUGCCUGUGUCCUGCUCACAUUCCUGCCCGCAUACCUGAUGAGAGUCGUCAUGCCUCACACUCAGAAGAGUAAGAAACACCAGCAGGCCCUAGGUGAGACCAAGGUUCUCAUGGAUGCUCAGGCCAUGAGAUCCUCUAACCAAGAAGUGAGUACAUUGGUGCAGUCCCUGUUGCAAAUGUAUAAAAUGAAAAAGCCCAUUAUAAAAGAAGACAUGCUAAAAAUUGUUAACAAAAAGUGUAAUAAUAACUUCCUUGAGAUACUCAGGAGAGCUUCUUUCAUCAUGGAGGUGGUCUUCCCCGUUGACUUAACGGAAGUUGGCUCCACCAAGCAUUCCUAUGCCCUUGUCAGCAAAAUGGACCUCCCCAACAAUGGGAUGCUGAGUCACGGCAGGGGUUUGCCCAAAACUGGUCUCCUGAUGACUCUCCUGGGUGUGAUUUUCAUGAAGAGCAACUGUGCCACUGAGGAGAUGAUCUGGGAAUUCCUGAAUAAGAUGAGAAUUUAUGCAGUGAAGAGCCACUUCAUCUUUGGUGAGCCUAGGAAUCUGAUGAGUCAAGAUUUUGUAAAGCUAAAGUACCUGGAGAAUCGGCAGGUGCCCAACAGUGAACCUGCACGCUAUGAAUUCCUGUGGCAUCCCAGAGUCGAUGCUGAAACCAUCAAGAUGAAAGUCCUGGAGUACUUAGCCAAGAUCAAGGAUACCUUGCCCACUGCCUCAUCGUGGUAUGAAGAGGCUUUGAGAGCUGAGGAAAAGAGAUUCAGAGCCAUAGUUACAGACUUGGCUAGUUCCAUUGCCACAGCCAGUGUUGUGUAUGCUCCAGUGCCAGAUCCACCAACUCCUCGCACGCCUAGUGAAGUCUGA